CCGAAAAUGGAGUCAACAGUGAAAGAUUGGAUAAAAGCCGAUGAAACAGCUAAAGAAAUGCUCACUCGGCUCUUCACGGAGCGACCCUUUUUGCCACUGCCUCCGCCGCUUCACAAGCUUCCUCUCCGGCCCGGAAACGUCAUCGAGGUUGCCGGCCCUCCUUCUUCCGCUAAAACCCACAUCUUAAUGCAGGCUGCGAUUAGUUGUAUUUUGCCUAAGCAAUGGAAAGGCGUCCAGUUUGGAGGCAUGGAGCGGUUAGCUGUUUUUGUUGACUUGGAUUGUCGGUUCGAUGUUUUACGCUUUUCCCGAUUGUUAAAGCACAAAUUAAUUCAAGCCAAUAGCAACGAUAUGAAGUCACAAACUCAAUAUGAUGAAGAAUUAUUUGCUGAGUGCAUGAGACGCUUCUUAUACAUCCGUUGUUACAAUAGUUUAGAAUUUCUUGCCACUCUUAAGACUAUGAAUAAUCAACUUCAAAAGCAAAAGGACAUACAAGGUGUUGGUGUUCAUUUGCUUGUGUUGGACAGCAUUGGAGCUUUCUACUGGAUGGAUCGUGCUUUGCCAUCACUACUUGUAGGAGGCAGCAACAGGAAAAGCCUUUCUCUUCAAAGUGUGAUGGAAAAUGUGGUUCAGGAUCUUCAGAAGCUUCUCUUGGUGCAUCCGUUGCUUGUUUUAGCUACGAAGAACUCAAUUUCUGGGGACAAAUCUACAGCAGAUGAACUUAUGAGGAAUACAAGUAGUGGUCCUCGGCCCAAACAUCGUGAAUAUAUGCCUUCAGUCUGGCAGGUUAACACAUUUUUGGUUGCUGCAGUCCUUUGUUACUCACAGGAUACAUGUUGCAGCAUCAGAGCACGACGGCGACCAUCGAAGACAACGCACUUACUUGACAGAAUGGAUUUUGCCUUCAGUAAACUUUUCAGAUAGAUUCGUUAUAAAUGAAGAUGGUGUUUCUCUCAUAUCAUGAAGGCAUUCCAGUGCAAUUGCUUCAGUGCUUUUGUGAUGUGAUGUUGAUAGUUGAAUGUGUCAAAGCAUCAUCGUAGAGCAUACCCAUGAUCUUAUUGCAGAUUCUUUCAGGACUCCUUCAUUCUGGAUCUUCUAGCUACUUGGCGGCCAGAGUUCAAUUCAGAUGUGUUUUCAAGAAGAAAAGAGAUAUAUCUUCUAUAUGUAGUCCUUUGGAGAUAAUCCUGAUUUCAACGACAAGAAGACGCGCCAUCAGCAUUCGAUGUGAUUUGGAGGAACGGUAUAAUGAUCAUCAUACAAAAAGAUUGGCAUUAUGGGAAAUGGAAGAGGUUUGGGAUGCAUGGCUAUCAUCGACUGGAAAAUCCUCUGUUUGAACAUGCUAGCGUUGGAUGCUCAACAAGGUUCAACAAGUACGAUGACAUUGUUUGUUGUUGCAUCAACUUAGCCGUCCCCUUCCUGGGCUACAUUCAUUUUGAACUAAUUUGAUGUCUGAUACAUGUGCCUGGUUCUGUUCUAGGGGGAUUGUGUUUUGUAGAAUGUGUACACAUAAGUUUUAGUUUACAGUGAUGAGCAGGACUAUAGUCAGUUACACUUUGACAUAGUAAUGGCGAUAGAGCGAUGUGAUGUUAAUCUUGUUCUUUCCAGCCUCCCUUAGACCUUUAUCAUCUUGUGUCUUGUUCAGCUUCAACAUAACUGUUUAUUUUGUAA